AUGGGCGCAAAGGCGAGCACCGCCAACGGGGGGCAGAGUCCGCGCACCAGGACAUUCUCCACGAGCUCCAGCUCUGAGGUGGUGUCCAGCGGCGCGGGGUUCAGCCUGUUGAGAGCGAUACCCGGGAUACAAGUGACGAACGACCGUCAGCGAGCCAGGUCGCUAUCUUCCGUGCCAGACCUGCACGCGUCUCACGAGGCUAUCGCGAUCCCGCCUAACUCGCAGAGCUACGAAGCGUCAGCCGCAGCCAGCCCCGACACAGACUCGAGCUCGAACGAGGAGGCGGGCCCGGUGCCCGGCACCUCGCUUGCGCUGGGCCGGGUCUACGCCACGCACUCCCUGCCUUCACAUAUCUGGUCAAUAAACGGUGAGUACCUAGCAUCGUGUUCGGACUACCGCAGCGCUCGCACCGCCACCACUAUGUACAGACGCCGCUACCGCACCACCCUCGGGCUCGGGCUCGGCUCCUCCUUCUCCUCCUCGUUCUCGACGACGCUGUCGUUCCGCACCACCACUACCACCACCACGUCCGCCACCGACACUGUCAGGUCGGACGCGCGCGCCACUGCCGCUAAGCUCAAAUCCAAGUAUGAAAACGCCGGCACAGCGCAAGAAACUGACGAGGGAACAUUAAGUACGCAGCCACUCGAUACCAGCUCGCAGACAGCCUAG